AUGACUAUGAUAAAUAAAAUCCCUGGCGUACCAACACCAAUCAAAGAAGCUAGCCUAGACAGUUAUGCCGACUCCCCAUAUGCUGAUCCCAUUGAUGCAAUAGACAUCCCAAAACAAUUUAGCCCACCCAACAUUCCCAUGUACGACGGGACGACCGACCCAAGAGAACAUAUCUUGACCUACAAGCAACGGAUGAUGACCAUUCCAGUUCCCAAACACAUGAGAAAAGCCAGCCUUUGCAAGGGGUUCGGUUCGACAUUGGUUGGGCCCGCUUUGAAGUGGUUGACUAGCCUGCCAAAUGGGUGCAUUACCUCUUUUUCUCACCUCGACAACAUGUUCAACCAACAGUUUGCUAGCAGCAGGUGUUUAGAGAAGCAGACAAGCGACUUAUACCGAGUAAUCCAACGUCCUGACGAACCCCUGAAGGAUUAUAUAGCCCGGUUCAUCAGGGAGAAGGUGACUGUUCCUGAAUGUGAUGUCCCGACAGCCAUCGAAGCGUUCAGGCAGGGAUUGUCUGAUGAACCACCUCUCAAAGAUAGGGAAAGCAGUGCAAUGGCCGCCGAAGUCCAGCAAACCCGAGUCGAAGAAGGAUCCCUCUAA